AUGUACCCAGCGGACCUUCCUGAGGAGAGGGAUCUCUCCUGCAUCUUUAGCCUGGUAAAACGGAUUUCCUACACUUCUGAUUUAAGAGUGAUGGCCGUGGGAAUUAAUGCCAUUGAGGCAAUCCUCGAGGGGAAUCCCCAUUUCCGGCAGGUCAGAGGAUUUACGGAAUUAACAGACAAUCUGUACAAAGCCCGGGACACAAUACUAGCUCAGGAGCUAGCAGACUUCAUCUGCUCUCGGGAUUCUACGUCACAGCAGCAGCAGCAGCAGGAGCGGAUGGAGGUCUCCGGGACGCAACAGCAACUCCUACCUGGGAAAGAGUCUAGGAUUCAGCCCUCUGCUGUCUCUGGACCCCUGGAAACUAAGAAGCCAGCACAACCUGUGUCACCUGGGAACUCUGCUGGGCCGUCUCAGCAAUCAAUCUCCGCUGAGAGCUUGAGCGAGUUAACCCAGCCGCCUCCGUCCUCUGCUGGAAGCUUCAGUGAAGUCAUUCAGCCAGCUGAGGACUUCACCCUGCUGUCGCUGACUGGGCAGGGCCAAGGACGGCACAUCCACAACCAGCACGGACUGCUCAUCCACGUCCAGCACCUCAUCAUCGCCGGCCACCUUCCAGGCUGCUGGCUGGACAUCUUUCCUGUCAUGGGCGACCUCCUGAACUGCUCUAUCGCUGACGUCUUACAGGCGGCCAGUCUCACCCAUGCCGCCACUGUUUUCCACACGGUUGGCAUCUGGAUCUGCGCCACCCACACCGUCGCUGGCUCUGGAGUCGGCCCCCUGAACUGUGUUCUGGACUCUGGGGACUCUGCCUCCUGACUCGCUUCUUUUUGCCCUCUUAUGCCAUCGUCCUACGGGUGGACCCCGCGAACUGUACUGGACUGUUUUUCCGAGUUCCAGUACCUUUUGUGGAUAUUUUGUAUUUGGUUACUAGUGCUCCUGUUUUGUCUGUUCUGAGCCUCAUGCCCAGUACAUAUGAACUUGAAUGAUGCCAACCAAUAAGUGUUUGGAAAAA